UUACUGGUGUACGGGAUGGAAAACAAGAUGGAUUCGGAUUCAUUCCAAGAGUAAAUGUCUCUGUUAAAGGUCUUAAUCUGAAGCCCACAGUAAUGAUUCCCACACUGACAGAGGGACAGCAGGCCACACUGACCUGCACUGCUCCUGGUCUCUGCUCUGGAUCUGUUCGUGAAAUCACCUGGACAUGGAGAGGAGCAGGAGGGACUGAAUCUUACAUUACAGGAAACAGCACUGCUUUCAAGACUGAGAAUCUGACUGAUGUAACAUGGAGACACAUCUCAACUUUGACCUUUAACGCUUCACCUGAACACCACAAAACCAAUAUCACUUGCAAGAUCAACUUCACAUGUGGAAAAACUACAGAGGAGACUUUGACUGUAAAUGUGAACCAUAAGAAAGAAAUUACAAUCAGUGGUGUUACAACUGUUAAGGAGGGAGAUGUUCUGAAUCUGACCUGCAGUGUUGAAAGUUUCCCUCCAUCUGUGAUUGGGUGGUCUAAAUUUGGUUCUGACACAAACCUGCACAGUUAUUCUGGAUCAGCCAGGCUUGUCAUUGAGAAUGUGAAACCAGAACAUUCUGGACAGUACAUCUGUACAGUUACAUAUAUGAACAAUUCCCUGAAGAAGGAUAUCAAUAUCACAGUGAUAUAUAACAGGGCUGCUCAGAUCAUCGGGAAUACAACUGUUAAGGAGGGAGAUGUUCUGAAUCUGACCUGCAGGGCUGAAAGCUUUCCUCCAUCUGUGAUUGAGUGGUCUAAACUCGGUUCUUACACAAACCUUCACAAUGACACUGGAUCAGCUACACUUGUCGUCCAUAAUGUGACAUCAGAACAUUCAGGGCAGUACAUCUGUAAAGUUAAAUAUAUGAUUAAUACCCUAAAGAAUAACAUCACCAUAACAGUAAUAUAUUUUUAA